CGCUCUUACCGCCGUUUGCCGCGCGCCCCCUGGCGGCGCCGCCCCACCUCGCUCACCUCCAGUUCUAGCCCCAGCCGGACCCGGGGGCCCAUGAUCCCGGAGCUCCUCGGACCCUGGGCCGAGUCAUCUGCCAGCUCUCCGGGAGCGUCAUCCCCGCUGGCCACAGCGGGAUGGGCCUGAGUCCGGCCGCCAGCGGGGAGCACAGCAUCCGCCUCUCCAGGGUCCCAUGGCCACGCUUCAAGCUCACCUCGACGACCAGUACCACCAGUACCACCGGGUCAAGUGACACCCAACCUGUAAUUGGAACUGGACAGUCAAUCGUGCCCCACUCAGAGUCAGCGAGCUCUCAAGGGCUGUUGGUCCAGUUCCUGCCAAAGCAGUUCAAGCAAGGCCGUGAGUUAGAACAGGCCGGAAGCUUCCAGCAUGGAGAGAAGGCGGUAAUUAACUUGGAGAUCACAUCCAGCAAGAAGAGAACAGAGCUGAUUCCAACAACUAAGUCGGAGAUCGAAGUCAAACUAAAAAAUCAAGUAGUCGUGGACAAACCAAGACCCAGACCUGGAGACCUGAUUGAGAUUUUUCGAAUUGGCUAUGAGCACUGGGCCAUCUAUGUGGAAGAUGAUUGUGUGGUCCACCUGGCUCCCCCGAGUGAGGAGUUUGAGGUGGGCAGCAUCACGUCUAUCUUCAGCAACCGCGCCGUGGUGAAGUACAGCCGGCUGGAGGACGUGCUGCAUGGCUGCUCCUGGAAGAUCAACAACAAGCUGGACGGGACAUACCUGCCCCUCCCCGUGGACAAGAUCAUCCAGCGCACGAAGAACAUGAUCAACAAGAUAGUGCAGUAUAGCCUGAUUGAGGGGAACUGUGAGCACUUUGUCAACGACCUUAGAUACGGUGUGCCCAGGAGCCAGCAGGUGGAGCACGCCCUGGUGGAGGGAGCAAAGGCUGCAGGAGCCGUCAUCUCAGCAGUAGUGGACAGCAUAAGACCCAAAUCUAUAACUGCUUGAAGAUGCUGCGGAUUCCGAGUGCAGGAAGAGCCACCAACAGCUGCAGGGCAAAGAUGCACCUUCCUUCCCCUUUGCCUUCCUCACCCAGUGGCCCUGUUUAAGAAGACUAUGAAUAUUCGAAACAUCUAAGUCCACUGACCUCCACUGUGUGAAUGAAGGAGUGAUUUUGAUUGGAAGAUCUGAAAUUGUUCCUGUGGAUUUUACUCUGUGGAGAGCCAAAGUCACCCAAAAAAGCUAGAGAUGGUUUCCCCCAUGGCUCUGGAAAUGCCUGGAAAAUAUGAAGGACAUGGACAGCAUGCAUUAGCAAGAUGGAACUCUCAAAAUGUUUCUGAGAUCUUUUAGGCUGCUUGCUCAGGGGCCUUUCUUCUGUUGGAGGGAAACAGACACAAUGAAGAACUUCAGUGUUUGUCCGCCAUCCCUUUUUCAGCAUCCAAAACUUGGUCCCUCAUUCAGCUUUUUGGAUACAGGAGCCUUGGCACACUUCUUGGUUGGAGUUUCCUCUGCCCUUUCCCAUCAGCCUGUGUGCACGGCCAUCCUGGAUGCUUGCAGUCUGGCAAGCCCUGGUUUCUGCGCAUCGUGACUAGCAAGAAGCCAGUACCCAUGAUUCCCUUUCUUUGCCUCCCUGAUACCUGGAAGAUCAUCUGGGCCCCAACACGUCUUCUUUCAGUCUUUUAACUUGUGGCAUUGUCUGUGUUGAGACUUCCUUCGAGGCAGAACCUAAGCCCCAGGCCUCUACAAGCACAGCCUCUAGCCUUAAACUAACACUGUUAUGUUUUAGUGGACUCCUUAAUGAUUCAGAACUCUUGGACAGCGUUGAUGUCUAAGAAGCAAACAGGGAUUUGAUUAACAAACAGCUCCCCCACCAUAAAGUGUUUAGCGACUCUGAUAGUGAACUCCUCCACCUCUUGCUCACUGCUCUGGCUCUCUGGUGCGAACCCCAUAGGCAAAGUAUAUUAUCAAUUAUGUUCCCUCAUCCAUUAAAAAAAGCUAUAAGCAGUGGUUCAGGGUACCCAGGUGCCAGACCAUUGACAUUCUGCGUCAGUUAGGGAGAUGAAGACACAUGGGGCCGUAGACCACUUUCUGGACAGCAGUCCUUUCUGUUUUCAAGCUGUCUGUAAGGCCAUGAGCUCUGGAAUUCACAUCUCACACAUUCAAGAUGAGGAGGUGAGACUUUAUUAAAGCUUUUUUUUAAAGAAACAAA